AUGGCAGUGACGGUAUCGAUUAUAGUGAACGGUUUUUUUUAUGAAAACGGGUUUGAAAGUGAUACCGAAGCAAUAAAUUGGGCAAAGGGAAUUGCUAUACGGAUUGGGUUUGAGCUGGUUAUUUCGUCUCACAAGAAAGGGGGGUUGGUAAAACUUUUGAGAUGUUGUCAGGGUGAGAGAUAUAGAGGGUCGCACACAGAUUUAGAUUCUUUUGCACGAAAGAAUACGAAGACGAAGGCCUGCCAAUGCCCUUUCAGGAUUGUGGUGAAAUUUAUUAAUGGCACAUGGACUGUUCUUGCGAAGUCUGGGAUUUCAAGUAUGCACAAUCAUGCGUUAGCUGUGUAUCCUGAGGGACACCGUCAGAUGAGCGGACUGAGCGCUGCGGCCAAAAUAAUUGUGCGGGAUAUGAGUGCGGCACAAGCUAAGCCGUGUGCUAUUUUGGCGGCUGUUCAAGAAAAAUUUCCAUCUGACAACCCUACAAGAAGACAAGUUUAUAAUUACAGAGAUAAUUUGAGACAGUCCAGCUUUGAGGAUAGAGAUAUGGUUCAUUUAGAAGAUUAUGGCAGUGACGGUAUCGAUUAUAGUGAACGGUUUUUUUAUGAAAACGGGUUUGAAAGUGAUACCGAAGCAAUAAAUUGGGCAAAGGGAAUUGCUAUACGGAUUGGGUUUGAGCUGGUUAUUUCGUCUCACAAGAAAGGGGGGUUGGUAAAACUUUUGAGAUGUUGUCAGGGUGAGAGAUAUAGAGGGUCGCACACAGAUUUAGAUUCUUUUGCACGAAAGAAUACGAAGACGAAGGCCUGCCAAUGCCCUUUCAGGAUUGUGGUGAAAUUUAUUAAUGGCACAUGGACUGUUCUUGCGAAGUCUGGGAUUUCAAGUAUGCACAAUCAUGCGUUAGCUGUGUAUCCUGAGGGACACCGUCAGAUGAGCGGACUGAGCGCUGCGGCCAAAAUAAUUGUGCGGGAUAUGAGUGCGGCACAAGCUAAGCCGUGUGCUAUUUUGGCGGCUGUUCAAGAAAAAUUUCCAUCUGACAACCCUACAAGAAGACAAGUUUAUAAUUACAGAGAUAAUUUGAGAAAGUCCAGCUUUGAGGAUAGAGAUAUGGUAGGUCAGUUUUUUCAUUUGGCUCUGACGCACAACUAUUUACACUGGACGCUUUCUGAGGAGAGCACAGGUGUGUUGACCCAUCUUUUCAUGUCGCAUCCUGACUCCGUGCGCUUAGUCCGAACUUACCCCUGGGUGAUCGGUAUGGACUCCACGUAUAAGACCAACAAAUACCACAUGCCUUUCUUUGAGAUUAUCGGUAUGACUCCUUCUAACAAGAACUUCUUAAUUGCAUAUGCAAUUAUGAAGGAUGAGACUGAGGGGAGUUACAGAUGGGUGUUGGAAAGGUUGAGGUUUUUGAUUGGCGACCACCUACAGCCGACUUGUAUUUUUACUGAUCGAGAGUUGGGGCUGCUUAAACCAGUGAAAGAGAUAUUUCCACAUACCCCUCAUCUGCUUUGUACGUGGCACAUAAAUAAGGAUGUAGAAGACAAAGUGUUCAAACUGUGUGGGAGAGACACCGCAAUAACUGAUACUUUCAUGAAUGGGUCGUGGAAGAAACUUAUUAAGGCUCAAACAGAGGAACAAUACGUAGCAGCUUUGACUACUGUGAAAAUGCGGACUAGAGCGUUUCCAGCUGUGAUGCAAUAUCUUGACCGUACUUGGUUGGGGCACAAAGAGAAGUUUGUAUCAUGUUGGACAAACAAAGUCUUACAUUUUGGAAACACCACUACGUGUAGAGUGGAGAGUGCACAUGCUCAGCUAAAGCAGUGGCUCAACUCUAGUACCGGUGCUCUAGACACAGUUUGGACGAAGGUGGACUGCGUUAUACAGUCCCAGUUGACUGAUAUUAGGAAAACACUCGAGGGCUCCAGACAGACUAUAGGCGUCCAUCGACGAGGUUAUCCAUACGACCAUGUCUCCUACAAAGUGUCCCACUACUGUCUUGAUUUAGUGGCGAAGGAACUAAGGCGUAUGAGAGAGUUGAGUUGCGAUGUUCUAGUUCGUUGUGGUUGUGUGCUGAGAACAACACAUCAGAUUCCGUGUGCAUGUGAGCUGAAAGCAGUGAUUGAUGCAGGUGUUCCGAUUAGUCUGGACAGUAUCCAUUCAUUUUGGAAGACGCUUGUUAUCGGUGACGGGGUUGAAAUAUCAGAACAAGCCGAUUAUGCCGCUUUUCAGUCAGAGGAUCAUCGGUACUUUUACGGGGUUGUGGAGGAGGUGAUGUCUCAAGAUCCCUCUAUUGUGCGUGACAUAUCUCAUAUUAUCAACGAGCGACUUCAUCCCGAAGAAUCUGCUUAUCUUGAACCAGAAGUAAAGAGCACGGUGAGAGGUAGACCGAAUGGGAGCACAUCCACCAAGCGGAACCCGAGUGUUUGGGAGUACGGUCGUGGUCGUGGCCGUGCCAAGUCAUCUCAAGGUCGGGGCUAUAGUGCUCCUACAUCAGAUUUUAUCCCGAAUUCAGAGCUUAAACCUGGAAUCAUAUUGCCAUUUGUCACGAAAUAUGUGGACGUGGAUGGCGACGGGAACUGUGGGUUUCGCGUUGUCGCAGAUUACAUAUACGGUGAUCAAAACAAGUGGGGUUUCAUAAGAAGAAGCAUUGCAAAUGAACUAGCCGGCAACCCUGGCCUAUAUGACGGUCUUUGCAGUGAUGGGAUCCAAGCGGCCAUUUCACGUAUUAGGUGGGAAGGGGAGGCAUGUGGGCGCGAUCACUGGAUGCAGGUUAUAGAUGACGUGUUCCCCAUUGCCACUCUCUUCAAUGUAGCUGUCAUUUUCAUAAAUGGCGCGACGAACUCACAGCCGGGUUUUGGUACGUGUACAAUUCUGCCUUUACAUUCAUCUGAUAUCGACUCACGGCCACUGAGAGAGAUAGUGAUACUAUUUUUGGGUAGAUACGCUCAUUUUGUUCGUCUAGAUUUAUGUGAUAAUUUUCCAGUCCCUCCUAUUGCCUCCUUGUGGUUCACAAACAGGGAUGCUACCGUUGAGUAUUUGGAGGGAUUGUACGUUCUCAGGAGAGCGCAAUGGCAGAGAUUGUUAGAUGCUUCUGUUUGA